AAAAUCUCUGAUUUUGAAAGCUUUGUCAUUUUCCGACGACGGCAAUGGCGUCAGCUUCCAAGAACAUACAGCAAAACCCUUUCUCAUUGAAACCACCAAGACCUCCGUCUUCCUCCGGCGGUGCAUCUACUUCCGCCGUGGCCUCCACCUCAGCCGAACCCCAAAUUCGAAACCCUACCUUAAACCCUAACCCUAGCACAAACGUUUUACCGUCGACUUUACCGAUUACGAUGUCACAAGAAGAUGAAAUCCUCGCACUUUCCAGUCACCUAACCCGGCCGGAGCUUCUCCAUCGCCGAUCACGCAACCUGAUGCAGCUCGCCAAGUGUUAUAGAGACAAUUAUUGGGCUAUAAUGGAGGGUGUCAAGGCACAACACAGGGAUUAUUGGUGGAAGUAUGGGAUUAGUCCGUUUAAAGACGAACAUAAUCAAUCGAAUAAGAGACGGAGGCUUGGUCAAGAGGGAGAUAUCGGAGAUGGUGAUGCUGUUGAAGGUAGUGGAGACAAUGGUACUAACAAUGAUGGUGGUAAUGGUGUUAAGAGUGAUCAGUAUGCGAAUAGUAAUAGUGGGAGUUGUAUGUAUGGAUGCAAAGCUAAAGCUAUGGCGCUUACGAAGUAUUGUCAGCUGCAUAUUCUUAAGGAUAGUAAGCAGAAGCUCUACACUGGUUGUACAAACGUCAUUAAACGAGCUCCAGCAGGACCCUUACUUUGUGGAAAACCAACACUUGCGUCGACUGUUCCUGUACUUUGUAAUGUACACUUCCAGAAAGCCCAAAAGCAUGUUGCUAAAGCUUUAAAGGAUGCUGGUCACAAUGUCUCUUCAACAAGCAAGCCUCCCCCAAAGCUCCAUGUUAUAGUAGCUGCGUUUCUGUUAGCGUUCCCAGGAGUUAUUUCAGUGUAUGUCCAGAAGGGAAAAGAUUUUGUUUCAGUGUCCUGUAGGUAUCAGAUGUUGUUUAUCUGCGCUGAGCUAUUAAGAGAGAACAAAGAAGAAAGAAGAAGCAGAGACUUUCGUGAGGAUAUGGCGAAUAGCAAAUACGAGUAUGUGAAGUCAUUCGAAGUGGAGGAUGAAGUCAUGCUUCCUAACUUGAUGGUUGUUCGGAUCGAUGGUCGUCAUUUUUCUAGAUUUUCCCAAGUUCAUGAGUUUGAGAAGCCUAAUGAUGAAACAGCCCUCAAUUUGAUGAAUUCAUGUUCAGCUGCGGUUUUGGAAGAGUUUCCUGACAUCAUUUUUGCUUAUGGAUACAGUGACGAAUACAGCUUUGUAUUCAAGAGAACAUCAAGAUUCUACCAGAGACGAGCCAGUAAGAUUUUGUCGUUGGUAGCUUCCUUCUUUGCUGCUAUUUAUGUAACAAAAUGGAAAGAGUUCUUUCCCCAAAAGAAAUUAGAAUAUGCUCCUUCCUUCAGUUCAAAAGUUGUAAGUUGUGCAUCCGCAGAAGUUCUUCAAGCUUAUCUCGCAUGGAGACAACAUGACUGCCACACCAAUAAUCAGUAUGACACUUGUUUCUGGAUGUUAGUUAAAAGUGGAAAGAGCAUAAGUGAAACUCAAGAGAUUCUAAAGGAUACACAAAAACAGCAGAAAAAUGAGCUUCUCUUUCAGAAAUUUGGUAUAAAUUACAAAACGCUUCCUGAAUUGUUUCGGCAAGGAUCUUGUCUUUUCAAGAAAAAGGUAGAAGAAACUGUAAAGCAUGAUGAGAAUGGAAAUCCUGUAAAAAGAUUGAGGAGAAAGGCUGUUUUUGUACAUUCGGAGAAUAUUGCCGGAAGAAGCUUUUGGAAUGAGCAGCCCUCUCUAUAUAAUGAUCUUGGCCACUUCACGAAAAACAUUGGAAAAAUUGAACCAGAAUUUAUUAGGUCCUUUCAGUUUGAGAACAAAUUGUUACCUUUAACGUGGGUCGUGGUUAGGAUUGAUGGCUGUCAUUUUCACAGAUUUUCUGACGUUCAUGAAUUUGAGAAGCCAAAUGAUGAGCAAGCUCUGAAACUUAUGAAUUCAUGUGCAGUGGCUGUUCUCGAGGAGUUUGAGGAUAUUCACUUUGCCUAUGGUGUCAGUGAUGAGUACAGCUUUGUUUUGAAGAAAGAAUCUGAGCUCUACAAAAGACAAUCCAGUAAAAAAAAAUCCGCAAUCACAUCCUUCUUUACAUCGACGUAUGUGUUACAAUGGGGAGAAUUUUUCCCUCACAAAGAAUUGAAGUACCCUCCAUCAUUCGAUGGACGAGCUGUAUGCUAUCCAACAUAUAAUAUUCUCUUGGAUUAUCUGGCGUGGAGACAAGUUGACUGCCACAUCAAUAAUCAGUACAAUACAUGUUUCUGGAUGCUUGUUAAGUCUGGAAAAACCAAAACUCAAUCCCAAGAUUACUUAAAGGGUACCCAAACACGAGAAAAAAAUGAGCUGCUUAGCCGUCAAUUUGGAAUUGAGUACAACGCAUUACCUGUAAUCUUUCGAAUGGGUUCUUCGGUUUUCCGCCGAAAGGAAGCUGAGAAUGGAGUAGUUUCAAGGAAGAAACUGGAAGGAGAAGUGGUCGUAGAUCAUUGCAACAUCAUCGAACGCUGUUUCUGGGAAGAACACCCACACAUUCUUAGCUGCUCAUAAACAGCUGCAUUUUAGUAUUUUACUUCACUUGUAAGAUUAAUUUAUUGCAAAUUCUUAAUCUCCAAUUCGUACAACUCUAGUUCUUUUCAACAACAUGUGUUAUACGAGUUAAACCUUAGUUCACAUGUAUAUGAGAUUGAAUGUUUAUGAUCUUUCAAGUGUGAGAUAGAGAUAUGUAAAACAUUAAAUUCACACCAUACCU